AUGGCCACUACUUCCUGGAAUCGCCCUCUAAAGGUAGUCAUUAUUGGGGCUGGAGUAUCUGGCUUAGCGAUUGCUGAACUAUUAAGUCAAUAUCCAUGCUUUAAAGUCCUACUAUUAGAGGCAAGUCAGAGAAUAGGAGGUCGUGUCAAUACAAAACACAUUGACAAAGAUUCUACUUUCCUCGAACUUGGAGCCAGUUAUAUCCAUGGUUCCCCGGAGAAUCCAAUCUAUGAAAUUGCCCAUGCAAAUAAAAUACCAAUCACUAGAUCGAUUCUAGACUUCAGCGCAUUGCGUUAUGGUAUCGAAUCCAAUCAAAAUAUCGAUGAAACGAUACGAAAUAAUGCUAGCCACUCUUAUUAUAGUACCAUCGAGAUGUGCAAAAGUUUUGCUACAGCACCUGCAGCACAGUUACCUGAAGGUAUCAACAGCGUUGGAACUUUCCUCAGAAAUAGCCUACGCCGAAGAAUCCUCGAUGUCCAUGCAAAGGAUAGAUCUGCGUUUGCAAGCAUAUUUCACUGCUUUGAAUUAAUAGAGUGCGCUAUUUCUGGGUGUAACUCUUUACAUGACUUACAUUUGAAAGAUUUUGGAGAAUAUCAUGAGUUAGACGGUCACAAUUGGGAAUUUACUAGUGGUUACGACAAUGUAAUACAACAUUUAAUCAAUAAUUUGAAGAAAAUAAAUGUGACUGUACAAACAAAUACUAUAGUUGAGCUGGUAGAUUAUAACGAUUCAUCUUCUUACAAUCGAAACGAUCCCAAUGACUCCAAAUCUCAAACUAAUCAUGUAUAUCCAAUAAAUGUAAUAUGCAAGGACGGUAAAAGUUAUACAGCUGAUCAUGUCGUUUGUACCGUAUCACUUGGUGUUCUUAAAGAGAUGGCUGAAACUCUUUUUAAUCCUACCUUACCUCAACCAAAAUUACAGGCAAUUAACCGCCUUGGAUUUGGUACAGUUAAUAAAGUAUUUCUAUUUUAUAGAGAGCCAUUCUGGAGUGGUCAUCAAUUUCGGUUAGUAUUCGUCUGGAAUGAUCAAGAGUACAAAAGUCCCAGCGACAGAUGCCUUCUAUCCAAUGAUGAUGCUUGGCUAAGGAACGUAUCUGCGGUUUCAACAUGUCAAUCUUGUAAGAAUGCUCUGGUUUUCUGGAUAGCCGGUUCCCCAGCUAUAGAAAUUGAAAAAUUUUCAAAUGAACAAAUUUCACUCUCAUUAACGAAACUGCUCAAAAUGUACAUGGAUAACCCUCUUAUCCAACCACCUUACAACAUCAUCAAAUCCUGCUGGCAUAGCAAUCCCCAUACCCGUGGCUCUUAUAGUUACGUUAGUACAGCAGCGAGUGGGGAAGAUUUUAAGAUCAUUGAAGAUCCAAUUUUGGACAAAGAGAAUAAAUCUCCACUAAUUAUGUUUGCGGGAGAAGCCACUCAUAGACAACAUUAUUCUACUGUGCAUGGAGCAUAUCUUAGUGGAAGACGGGAAGCAAUGAGGUUGUUGGGGGUGUACGGAUUAACUUGA